AUGGCAGCCGCAGCAGUUCUGAGUCAACCAGCGCCCCUAUCUUCGGUACAUCACCUGCCCAAAUAUCAGCAGGCCAAAGAAUCUCGCUAUGAGCUAGACUGGGCUGACCUCGUUACUCUUGAUCUGUCCAAAUUCGAACAGCCAGGAGGUAAGCAAGAACUUGCUAAGCAGCUCAAGGAUGCAGUGCACAAUAUCGGUUUCUUCUACAUCACCAACUUUGGUCUGAGCCAAGAAGAAGUUGACUAUCAGUUCGCCAUCGGUAGAGAAGUCUUCGCUCUUCCCAUGGAAGAGAAGCUGAAAUACCGUGCUGAUCUUGAAAAUGGUAAUUACAAUGGCUACCGACCACUUGGUGCAGCUGAGCUCUACCCUGGUCUUCGUGACAAUGUCGAGAUGUACAACCUCUUCAAAUUUCUACCCGAGCUCGAACGCACGCAGCCAUCAGUCAUUACUGAGAAUAGGGCUGAGAUAGAACGUUUCCAGCGGCACAUUGCCGAAAAUGUGGUACAGAAACUCCUUGUACUUGUGUCGAUCAUUCUUGAAUUGCCUGAUGAGGGAGCUCUCAGCGAGGGCCAUCGAUACAGCGACAUCUCAGAUUGUCAUCUGCGAUACAUGAUAUACAGGGCGCGCUCGCCGGAAGAGAAUGCCAAGUUUAACAACAUUUACUCCAAGGGUCACACUGACUUUGGGAGUCUGACCUUACUCUUCCGACAACCCAUUGCUGCUUUGCAAGUACUGACCCCAGCUGGUGAUUGGAGAUACGUCAAGCCUCACCCAGGGUCAAUCACAGUAAACAUUGCAGACGUUCUGCAGUUCUGGACAAACGGAUACCUCAAGUCGUCGAUUCAUCGGGUUGUGGCUCCACCUCCUGAUCAGGCACAUAUUGAUCGGCUGGGAUUGCUAUACUUUCUACGGCCCGGUCAUGAUUUGACGUUGAAGACGCUUGACAGUCCUUUGUUGAGGAGACUUGGGCUAGAUGUUCACGAAGAUGAUGCGAAGAAAGACGGCAUCAAGGCUGGGGACUGGGUGAGGGCGAGAGUGAAGGGCAACUUUGACAAACCGGAGAAUGAGAAGGAAAAAGAAGUUAUAGGAGGGAUAAAGGCCAAGUAUUGGGACUAG